GCGCCUCCAGUUACGUCAUCGGUUGCAUUACGUCAUCAUAUUCCAAGUAUUCAUAACAUGAUGCAGUGUUCUUGUGUUGAAUCUAAACCACCACAGCAACCCUCAGUACCCCCGCCACCACCACCGCCGCCACCACCGCCGCCACCACCACCACCUGCCCCGCUAUGGAGAACAGGAUUCGCCUUCCCCGAGUGGGCCUACAAGUCUGAAAGCAGCCCUGGCAGUAGACAGAUUCAACUUUGGCACUUCAUCCUGGAACUUUUACAGAAAGAAGAGUUCCGCGAAGUGAUUUCUUGGCAAGGAGAAUAUGGCGAAUUCAUCAUUAAGGACCCGGAUGAACUAGCUCGGCUAUGGGGCAUGCGCAAAUGUAAACCACAUAUGAAUUAUGACAAGCUGAGCCGUGCUCUUAGAUAUUAUUACAACAAACGCAUACUGAAUAAGACAAAGGGGAAGAGAUUCACCUACAAGUUCAACUUUGACAAAUUAAUCAUGGUAAAUUAUCCGCUCUUCGAUGUUAAAUUCAGUCCGAAGUUCGUUGGCCCUCCUCCCGAUGGUGGCAUGAAUCUUGUAGACCCCACGGAUGAUGACGUCAUUGGUGUUGACAACGAGGCUAAUUUGACGCACUCAACUCAAAGGACCCAACGGACAUCAUCGACAUCUAGCGACGAUUCCCGAACAUCAUCGGAGAAUGACGAAAAUGAGUCUUCGCAAAUUCCGAACAUGCAUAGAUCAUCAGCGACUGUAGUGAGACCUUCCCUGCAUUCAGACAUUCGACAACCUCAGCCGUUGGAACCCACGCAUCGUAUCAUACAACAACACCCAUCAAUGUUUUUACCCAGACCCCCAACGAUGAUCAGACCAAAUGACAAUAGAUUACCUUAUUCAUCAUUUGUAGACCAUGUGGUACCGAAUCCAGUAUUUCGACCAAAGUUCCAAUUUAUGCCUUCCCCUAUGCACCCAAAUGCAACCCAGUGUCCAAUACCGCCUAGUAUUGGCACGCCACCCAUGAGCCCGAUUAGCCCGAUGAGUCCGAUGAGUCCGCUGUGUUCAGUGCCACCACUUCGAUUUGCAUUCCCACCACCACCUCCACAUAACAACAAGAUGGCGCCUGAAUCGGCCCAGAUAGCUGCUGCUGUGUAUGAAAAUGAACUCCGAAUGAAAGUUGAGUUUGAAAGAAGGAAGAUGGAAGAAGAGAGGAAUCGUAUCAACAUGGAAGAGUUCAGACGACGGUACAUUUACGGUGGACAAGCGCCCCCAUCAGCCAUGUUGUCUCAGAAUAUUGCUGAAAGUGAAAUGAAAAUGCGAGAAUUAGGAUUGUCGAAUGCACAACAAUCACCGCCACGUAAUACACCAAUCAGCAAAGCCGAUGAAAGCCGCGCCAUAUCAGCAUUGUUACUCCGUAGAUUAAGUGAACGUGGAUUGGAUGACAAAAAGAUGCCGGGUUUAUUGCAAGUCCCGCGUGGUAUCAGCGCUGUGCGUAGCGCCGAUAAUAGUCCCACGGCCUACCCCAAAAUAGAGGUGACAAGUCCUGUAUUUGGUUCAGAAAAGGAUACAUCCUUAGAUUCUGGGAGGUCCGAUGACGAUCCGUUACCCACGCCCAAGGACGAUGAUGACGAACAGGCUGACGAAAUAAGUGGCGAUACAGAGAAACUAAUCCCAAUAAAACUGAGAUUUAAAAGAAAAUGGAGUCAGGACAAUCCACGACCUGCAUGGACUGGUGAAAAUAGUCCCAAGUCUCCCAAGAUUACACCGUCGUUGGUAAUGGCUUCCUCCAGAUCAUUACCAGCAACCCCGACGUCAAAAUUGGCUGAAUCAAUGACAUUUUUCCAAUUUCCGCCCACUCUGGGAUCGCCGAGAGAUGAACUACAGCGUUUCCGCGAAACAUACUUCGAGACAGAUACCAUGCCAAGUCAUUCAAUGUCAAGACAAAUCAAAGGGAGAAUCCGUGAAUCGUCGUCAGCAACUACGUCACCUGUUACGUCACCAUCACUGUUUAAGGAGAGAACCCCAGAAAAAAGCGAAGAUAAGAAGCAAUGUUCUACAGAGAAAAGCGCUGCUAGUGACAACGGCGUUUUAGAUUUGUCGAUAUCUAAGAAAAAUGAGGACAGUACAGCUGAUUUAGUCAGCGUUAAAGAAGAACCAAAAGACGAUAGCUAUGAAUCGUAGUAUGUAAAUGUCAUACUAAUUACGAAUCGUGCACUCCAAAUGGCACGAUGGUAAAAAAAUAAUAUGAUAAACUUUUUUGUCAUUGCAUCUUAAAAAACGUCAUUAUUAAUAUGGUCAGAGGGUUGCACAUUUAGCUAACUUUCUAGCAGAAAUCAAAAACGAAGCAAAAUGUUUGUAAAACAUCUGAACAUUUUUUAUAUAAUAUGGUUAUAUUUUUUUGGUGGUUACGAAAAAAAAAGUGUAAAUGACAAUCGUCAGAAAAUUAAAACCCUUUGUCGACGACAAUCAGUUUAUAACGUGCCAAUAUUUAAUUUAUAUUUUGAGAAAAACGUCGUUUCUGUGUAUUAUGGGAUAGGAGUGGGAUAGACAACGUGAAAUAUAAUAUUACAGUAAUUGUGGCAAGCAGAAAUAUGACGUGGUCGCCUAGCUUGAAACUUUAUGAAAAUCAUUUGUAAAUAUUAUCGUAGGGGGUCAACUGAAACGUUGAAGCAAGAUGAGUCUGAGAGGAUAAAUUGCUCCGCGUAGCAUUCGUCUCCGUCAGUCAAAUAGCUGAUUCGCUAUUCGCCUUGGCCAUAGCAGUCUUAAAAUCUACAAGAUAUGCCGUUUUAUUACAUUUAUAUAGGCUUGCCAAACAUAACAAUUUAAAGGUGAACUGUAGCUAUUGUAUGGUCACGUGAUACGUACGCUUUGUACAUUGACAUAGUAUUUUUAUUGUUAUGUUAAUUUUUAUGCAACUGGAUAUUUUUUUAUUUCUAUUAUGACCCAAUUUUUGCCUUUCAUCUAACAUACCUGAAAAGCUAUAGCAUCGUGUCGGUACUUGUAACUUGUUGUACUUUGGAUAUUCCGCUAAAUCCUGCCUUUCUGUUUGCUCCUUAUGUACGCUCACAAUUAUGUAGUGUUAAAAAGACGUACCACGCACUGUGAAAUGCAAGGCGAAGUAGUGAUCCGCUCUUUAAAUAUAUCGUUAUUUUUGGAAAUUGUAUUAAGAUUAAACUGCCUCAAUGCGCAAUUUUUUAUGUUUACUAUUAAAAUGCGCCAUGUGGUGCUUAUUUAAAAAUAUUUGUUUAUUUUACAAUCAAUGUUAAGAAUGUAUUUAUUUGUUAUGACACUGAGGGCGCUGUCCUCUAAAUUGGAUUCAAAGAGCUGUUUACAUGGUAACGGUAUUGACAUAUUGAUACCAAUAUUAUAAAAUGCUGCAGAAAUGUUUUUUUUUUAUUUGUUGGCGUUUCCAUAUAUUUUAUUAUACAGUAGUUUAGUUGUGUCAUUAGCCGGCUUCCUCAUUUCAGCAUAAGCAGAUAUUUGUAAUAUAGGAUGCAAUCACUCCCAUGCUUAAAGCGGGGGAGUCGUCACCUGCGCAUGCGUUAGAUGGCCAUAGCGUGUCAUUGUUUACAAACAAGCGUCUACCCAUGAGCCUUUGCGUUUUAGCGCGUGUUAUCGUCGCUUGGGACUUAAUUCCCGCCCGCCCGCGCGUGCACAGGUGACGACCCUUCCGCUUUAAUAUAAUUUGUUUGCAUUUUAGGUCGUACAUGUCGUAUUCCAAUGUUCGUUUUUCUUAACUUGUUUUAAAACGUCGUACAAAUCCGGAUUUUACCAUUCGUCCCCCUGUUCAUGUGUGAGUCUUUUUACUCUCGUGUGGCCGGUAAAACUGUGAAUUUCCAAUCACGUGUGCGUCUGAACCUGGGACGCACAUUUUACCUCAUACUA